AUGGCGGUAAAGUCAGAAAGAAAGGAUAGUCAUGUUUUGGACGAUGAAUGUUGUGGCCAACCAAGUUACAAAAAAGUUACUGGUUUAAAUUAUAUCUUUGACCAAUCUCUUUUUAUCUCCACAGGAAAGAAGAUUUGGAGAGACAUGAGAAGAGUGGGAGUGAGGAGGAGAGUGGUGAAAAUUCUGAAGAAGAAGAGGAGGAUGUUAAAGAGGUCAGAAAGGGGGAAGCUGAAACGAAUGGAGAAAAGACAGCAGAGGGGUCCAAACAUUACAGCAGUGGCAGCAAGCACAAGAAAAAGAAACACAAACACCGCAGCAAGCACAAAAAACACAAACACGCCUCCGAAGAGGACAAGGACCGCAAGCGCAAACAUCGACACAAACACAAGAAACACAAACGUAAAGAUGGCUCCUCUCCAUCCGCCCCUGGCAUCAACUCUAGCCACAGAAAAACGGACAUAUCCCCUUCAACUGACGACAAGGCCUUAUUGGAGGAGUUGGAGAAACAGAGGGCCAUGAUCAAAGCAGAGCUAGACAGCCAGAUGAUGGAGGGGGGCAAGGUGCAGUCAGGCAUGGGCCUCAUCCUACAGGGUUAUAACUCUGGCUCUGAGGAGGGAGAUGGAGAGGGGGGGGUCCGGAACGGGGAGCAGCGCCAGAGGGGCAGCAUGGUGAAACCCCCCUCCCCCAGGGGUAGGAGUGGUAAUGCCAGACGGGACGCCACAGAAGCGGGCAAGUCCAGCUCCAAGCGCUACAGUCGGAGCAAGUCCAGGGAGAGGACAGGCAAGGAGUCCAAGUCAGACAAAACGACUAAAGGCGCCAAAGACCGUGGCCGCAGCAAAUCAAAAGAGAGGAAACGCUCCCGGAGCAGGUCCAAAGACAGAAGAAAGAAGUCUCCUUCCCCCUCCAGCAGGAGAGCAGAGCAGAGGGGCAGCCGCUCGGACAAACGCUCCUCACCCCAGAAUAACAACAGACCAAACGUGGAGCACGGCGGCCGGAAGUCCAGAUCACGGGAGCGCCCAGGACGGUCGGAGGCGGAGAGAGAGCGGGACAAGAGGCCGACCAAGUCCCAGUCUAAGGACACCUCGUCAGGGAAAGAGAAUCGCUCUCCCCAAAGGCGAGGAGGAGGGGGGCUCAGCAGCCCCCAGAGGAGACGCAGCACCUCCCCACGCCCCACCAGAGACUCCCAGCAGGCAUCAGCUUCAGCCUCCACCUCCAAACAGGGCUCUCCUUCCAGAGCAGCCAGGUCCCCAGCCAGGAGAGGCAGCAGUCGCUCCCUAGACGCCAGGAGGAGGGAUGCUGACAGACAGGGCUCCUCACCACUAAGGUCCGUUACUAUGGAAUAACCUGCAGUCAACCCCGUAUUUCUCCAACUUUGAGUCCCAAUGUUUAUUUUUUAAAUGGGCCAUCAUUUAUUUAAGCCUAUAUUAUUAAGACAUUUUUAUGCGGUGCCACUUGCAUUGUUUCUGCCCGUUUCUUGUCCCGUAUUGAACAGCAGUAGUGGUCUGUACAUGGCAAGGGCAACUAUUACUUUUGUGUUUUAGGAUUGGGCAUUAAGAAUGUGUUACUAUCUACCACUGAUCUUUUAAGCUUUCUCUCUCCUACAGAAAGCGAAAAUGGCCAGAAGCAGGGCCAGGGGGUAGAGCGAGGUCACGGGAGACCAGCCCCAGAGGUGCUCCCCAAGGUCGCAGGAUGAGCCGCUCUCCCUUCAGAAGAAGGUCCCCCUCGCCCUUCCGGAGACGGAGCAGGUCUCCACUGAAACGCAGGUUAGACGAGACAAGCUGAAACUUUGUGUGUGUGGAUGAGCUGGGCAAAAUGGAAUCUGCAAGGGUUCUGCCUCAAGCCUUCUUAAAUGUAUUGAGAUGAUGCCAGGAAAUAAUUAUAAUAAUAGUGGUAAUACUGUAUUACUAUUACAGAUACUGGGCUAGUUACAAUUAUUGUAAUUGAAUAGGCAGGCAAUGCUGUCAUAGUAGUUAUAAGAUCCUUUCCAACUGAUUCCCUUUCAGAUUCUGUCUGGCUCUAUUGAUGAAGCUUUAGUGAUGUCACAGUAGGAGGCUCAUAAGCCAAGGUUGUCUAAGGGUUUGUUAAGUGUUUAACAAACCGUUCAGAACAACACAAAGCGUUUCCUUCCUCCAGGUCACCAGAGAGGGAUAGGUACGGCCGUCUCAGACAGUACGGCAGGCGCUCCAACUCCUGGGACCGGGACAGGAGGAGGAGACAUGGCCGGGACGAGGACAAAUUCAAGGGCAGCCUCUCUGAGGGCAUGAAGGUCGACAAGGAGUCCUCCGAAGAGGAAGUGUGAGUAGAGGGAGAACACACACACACAUAAAUGCUACACUCGGCAAUAUGGUAAUUCUCUUGGUGAUUGUGUGUUUUUGUAAGCGGGUUUAUUUUGUGCUCAGGUUGGAGGACUUUGAUGGUGAGGAGGUGGAUGAAGAGGCCCUCAUAGAGCAGCGCCGCCAGCAGCGCCUGGCUAUCGUCCAGGUCAGUUCCUCUCUGUCACUCUGCUGUUGGACUGUCCGUAGCUGUUUCAGGGAUCCCCAAGUCCAGUGUUUUGUGUGUUUAGAGACACAUCCUCUAUUUUGUUCUACACAGAUAUGGGAAUUUUCAUGAUUAGAUUUUUCAUGAUACUCCGUUGAAAUUGACCCACAUCCAAACCAAUAUCUUAUUUUUCCUGAUUUCCAUUGUUGUGAUCUCUUUAUGCCUGACACCUUUCUCCCUGCACAGAAAUACCGUGGCGGCAACGAGGACAGCAUGACGUCCAUGGCGUCGGAGCCCAGUAGCCCCCAGAGCAGCACGCGGAGCCGCUCGCCCUCACCAGACGACAUCCUGGAGCGCGUGGCGGCCGACGUCAAGGAGUACGAGCGGGAGAACCUGGACACGUUUGAGGAGAACAUCAAGGCCAAGCAAGGCCUCAUCACGCAGGAGAAGGACGGUGAGUAAAGGGUCAGGCAAGGAGAAAAUAUAUGUUUGGGUGUCCCAAACAGCGCCUUAUUUCCUACAGUAUAUGGUUAAUACAACCAUCCCAGCUCUGCAGAUUUUGCUGCGAAGAGACAGAAUCAUUAGGUCAUUUGUUUUGGUACUGUCCACAUGUAGCUUGUUUUUGGUCGCAUGUCCAGGAAUGGCUGAAGAAUUGCAACAUUUACCUGGAGCUAACUCUGCAGAUAGCACUACUGGGUGAUUUGAAAAGUCAUAGUCAAUCGAUCUAUAAUAUAAUAAUGCUUUUAGCAAACAUUUUUAUCUUUAAUUUACAAUGUUUAGAAACUAUGAGAAUAGAAAGGUUCAGAACUUUUGUGAAACAUCACAGUACAGUUGAAAAAUAUGGCAAAUAGAAAUCCAAUAUGGAUGGUGUUAAGAGAUAUAGUGGGGAGAACAAGUAUUUGAUACACUGCCGAUUUUGUAGGUUUUCCUACUUACAAAGCAUGUAGAGGUCUGUAAUUUUUAUCAUAGGUACACUUCAACUGUGAGAGACGGAAUCUAAAACAAAAAUCCAGAAAAUCACAUUGUAUGAUUUUUAAGUAAUUCAUUUGCAUUUUAUUGCAUGACAUAAGUAUUUGAUACAUCAGAAAAGCAGAACUUAAUAUUUGGUACAGAAACCUUUGUUUGCAAUUACAGAGAUCAUACGUUUCCUGUAGGUCUUGACCAGGUUUGCACACACUGCAGCAGGGAUUUUGGCCCACUCCUCCAUACAGUCCUUCAGGUUUCGGCGCUGUCGCUGGGCAAUACGGACUUUCAGCUCCCUCCAAAGAUUUUCUAUUGGGUUCAGGUCUGGAGACUGGCUAGGUCACUCCAGGACCUUGAGAUGCUUCUUACGGAGCCACUCCUUAGUUGCCCUGGCUGUGUGUUUCGGGUCGUUGUCAUGCUGGAAGACCCAGCCACGACCCAUCUUCAAUGCUCUUACUGAGGGAAGGAGGUUGUUGGCCAAGAUCUCGCGAUACAUGGCCCCAUGCAUCCUCCCCUCAAUACGGUGCAGUCGUCCUGUCCCCUUUGCAGAAAAGCAUCCCCAAAUAAUGAUGUUUCCACCUCCAUGCUUCACGGUUGGGAUGGUGUUCUUGGGGUUGUACUCAUCCUUCUUCUCCAAACACGGCGAGUGGGGUUUAGACCAAAAAGCUCUAUUUUUGUCUCAUCAGACCACAUGACCUUCUCCCAUUCCUCCUCUGGAUCAUGCAGAUGGUCAUUGGCAAACUUCAGACGGGCCUGGACAUGCGCUGGCUUGAGCAGGGGGACCUUGCGUGCGCUACAGGAUUUUAAUCCAUGACGGCGUAGUGUGUUACUAAUGGUUUUCUUUGAGACUGUGGUCCCAGCUCUCUUCAGGUCAUUGACCAGGUCCUGCCGUGUAGUUCUGGGCUGAUCCCUCACCUUCCUCAUGAUCAUUGAUGCCCCACGAGGUGAGAUCUUGCAUGGAGCCCCAGACCGAGGGUGAUUGACGUAAUCUUGAACUUCUUCCAUUUUCUAAUAAUUGCGGCAACAGUUGUUGCCUUCUCACCAAGCUGCUUGCCUAUUGUCCUGUAGCCCAUCCCAGCCUUGUGCAGGUCUACAAUUUUAUCCCUGAUGUCCUUGCACAGCUCUAUGGUCUUGGCCAUUGUGGAGAGGUUGGAGUCUGUUUGAUUGAGUGUGUGGACAGGUGUCUUUUAUACAGGUAAUGAGUUCAAACAGGUGCAGUUAAUGCAGGUAAUGAGUGGAGAACAGGAGGGCUUCUUAAAGAAAAACUAACACGUCUGUGAGAGCCGGAAUUCUUACUGGUUGGUAGGUGAUAAAAUACUUACAGUGGGGAAAAAAAGUAUUUAGUCAGCCACCAAUUGUGCAAGUUCUCCCACUUAAAAAGAUGAGAGAGGCCUGUAAUUUUCAUCAUAGGUACACGUCAACAAUGACAGACAAAUUGAGAUUUUUUUUCUCCAGAAAAUCACAUUGUAGGAUUUUUUAUGAAUUUAUUUGCAAAUUAUGGUGGAAAAUAAGUAUUUGGUCACCUACAAACAAGCAAGAUUUCUGGUUCUCACAGACCUGUAACUUCUUCUUUAAGAGGCUCCUCUGUCCUCCACUCGUUACCUGUAUUAAUGGCACCUGUUUGAACUUGUUAUCAGUAUAAAAGACACCUGUCCACAACCUCAAACAGUCACACUCCAAACUCCACUAUGGCCAAAACCAAAGAGCUGUCAAAGGACACCAGAAACAAAAUUGUAGACCUGCACCAGGCUGGGAAGACUGAAUCUGCAAUAGGUAAGCAGCUUGAUUUGAAGAAAUCAACUGUGGGAGCAAUUAUUAGGAAAUGGAAGACAUACAAGACCACUGAUAAUCUCCCUCGAUCUGGGGCUCCACGCAAGAUCUCACCCCGUGGGGUCAAAAUGAUCACAAGAACGGUGAGCAAAAAUCUCAGAACCACACGGGGGCACCUAGUGAAUGACCUGCAGAGAGCUGGGACCAAAGUAACAAAGCCUACCAUCAGUAUCACACUACGCCGCCAGGGACUCAAAUCCUGCAGUGCAAGAUGUGUCCCCCUGCUUAAGCCAGUACAUGUCCAGGCCCGUCUGAAGAUUGCUAGAGUGCAUUUGGAUGAUCCAGAAGAGGAUUGGGAGAAUGUCAUAUGGUCAGAUGAAACCAAAAUAUAACUUUUUGGUAAAAACUCAACUCGUCGUGUUUGGAGGACAAAGAAUGCUGAAUUGCAUCCAAAGAACACCAUACCUACUGUGAAGCAUGGGGGUGGAAACAUCAUGCUUUGGGGCUGUUUUUCUGCAAAGGGACCAGGACGACUGAUCCGUGUAAAGGAAAGAAUGAUUGGGGCCAUGUAUCGUGAGAUUUUGAGUGAAAACCUCCUUCCAUCAGCAAGGGCAUUGAAGAUGAAACGUGGCUGGGUCUUUCAGCAUGACAAUGAUCCCAAACACACCGCCCGGGCAACGAAGGAGUGGCUUCGUAAGAAGUAUUUCAAGGUCCUGGAGUGGCCUAGCCAGUCUCCAGAUCUCAACCCCAUAGAAAAUCUUUGGAGGGAGUUGAAAGUCCGUGUUGCCCAGCGACAGCCCCAAAACAUCACUGCUCUAGAGGAGAUCUGCAUGGAGGAAUGGGCCAAAAUACCAGCAACAGUGUGUGAAAACCUUGUGAAGACUUACAGAAAACGUUUGACCUGUGUCAUUGCCAACAAAGGGUAUAUAACAAAGUAUUGAGAAACUUUUGUUAUUGACCAAAUACUUAUUUUCCACCAUAAUUUGCAAAUAAAUUCAUAAAAAAUCCUACAAUGUGAUUUUCUGGAGAAAAAAAAUCUCAUUUUGUCUGUCAUAGUUGACGUGUACCUAUGAUGAAAAUUACAGGCCUCUCUCAUCUUUUUAAGUGGGAGAACUUGCACAAUUGGUGGCUGACUAAAUACUUUUUUCCCCCACUGUAUGUCAUGCAAUAAAAUGCAAAUUAAUUACUUAAAAAACAUACAAUGUGAUUUUCUGGAUUUUUGUUUUAGAUUCCGUCUCUCAAAGUUGAAGUGUACCUAUGAUAAAAAUUACAGACCUCUACAUGCUUUGUAAGUAGGAAAACCUGCAAAAUCGGCAGUGUAUCAAAUUCUUUUUCUCCCCACUGUAGAUGGGUGGUGUUGAAUGGAGCUGAAGGAUGGGACUAAUCACAACAAGAUAACUAAUGUAAAAUAUACUGUGUCCGUAAAAUGUAUAUAGGUUCAGAACUUUUGUGAAACAGCACAGUUAAAAAUAUAUGGCAAAUAGAAAUCAAACUGCAUGGUCUUCAGAAGUAGAUGGGAGGGGUUGAGGGUAGUGGAAGAAUAGCUGUAAAAACAAACAAAAUAUAACUAUUGUAAAAUAGAUUGUGUCCGUAAAAUGUAUAUAGUAUGUAUAAGCUGGAAGUAGAAGCCUAAGUGUUGUUGUUCGUUAUUUUACUCCAAUUAGGGGAGGGGUGGUAGGGUUAGUGGAAAAAAGUUUUACACAAGAUCUCAUCUCGUGGGGCAUCAAUGAUCAUGAGGAAGGUGAGGGAUCAGCCCAGAACUACACGGCAGGACCUGGUCAAUGACCUGAAGAGAGAUGGGACCACAGUCUCAAAGAAAACCAUUAGUAACACACUACGCCGUCAUGGAUUAAAAUCCUGUAGAGCACGCAAGGUCCCCCUGCUCAAGCCAGCGCAUGUCCAGGCCCGUCUGAAGUUUGCCAAUGACCAUCUGGAUGAUCCAGAGGAGGAAUGGGAGAAGGUCAUGUGGUCUGAUGAGACAAAAAUAGAGCUUUUUGGUCUAAACUCCACUCGCCGUGUUUGGAGAAGAAGGAUGAGUACAACCCCAAGAACACCAUCCCAACCGUGAAGCAUGGAGGUGGAAACAUCAUUAUUUGGGGAUGCUUUUCUGCAAAGGGGACAGGACGACUGCACCGUAUUGAGGGGAGGAUGCAUGGGGCCAUGUAUCGCGAGAUCUUGGCCAACAACCUCCUUCCCUCAGUAAGAGCAUUGAAGAUGGGUCGUGGCUGGGUCUUCCAGCAUGACAACGACCCAAAACACACAGCCAGGGCAACUAAGGAGUGGCUCCGUAAGAAGCAUCUCAAGGUCCUGGAGUGACCUAGCCAGUCUCCAGACCUGAACCCAAUAGAAAAUCUUUGGAGGGAGCUGAAAGUCCGUAUUGCCCAGCAACAGCCCCGAAACCUGAAGGAUCUGGAGAAGGACUGUAUGGAGGAGUGGGCCAAAAUCCCUGCUGCAGUGUGUGCAAACCUGGUCAAGACCUACAGGAAACGUAUGAUCUCUGUAAUUGCAAACAAAAUUUUCUGUACCAAAUAUUAAGUUCUGCUUUUCUGAUGUAUCAAAUACUUAUGUCAUGCAAUAAAAUGCAAAUGAAUUACUUAAAAAUCAUACAAUGUGAUUUUCUGGAUUUUUGAAGUGUACCUAUGAUAAAAAUUACAGACCUCUACAUGCUUUGUAAGUAGGAAAACCUGCAAAAUCGGCAGUGUAUCAAAUUCUUGUUCUCCCCACUGUAGAUGGGUGGUGUUGAAUGGAGCUGAAGGAUGGGACUAAUCACAACAAGAUAACUAAUGUAAAAUAUACUGUGUCCGUAAAAUGUAUAUAGGUUCAGAACUUUUGUGAAACAGCACAGUUAAAAAUAUAUGGCAAAUAGAAAUCAAACUGCAUGGUCUUCAGAAGUAGAUGGGAGGGGUUGAGGGUAAUGGAAGAAUAGCUGUAAAAACAAAAAUAUAACUAUUGUAAAAUAGAUUGUGUCCGUAAAAUGUAUAUAGUAUGUAUAAGCUGGAAGUAGAAGCCUAAGUGUUGUUGUUCGUUAUUUUACUCCAAUUAGGGGAGGGGUGGUAGGGUUAGUGGAAAAGAAUAAAGGAAAGAAUAAAAAAAAGUUUUACAAAAGAUCUGGUCCCAAACCCAACCGUAGUCCCGCAAUGUUAUUUUAGGCGUAUGUGACGCAGCUCACCUGCCAGCCAUGGUCCCAGCAAUUUUGCGUCCUAAAGGCAAUAUCAAAUGCCCCAAAAUAACUUAAGAAAUAGGUUAAAUUACCAGAAAUUACAUUUUAUUACUGGGGUAUAUCAGCCAAAAUGCUAGAUUUAGUUUGAAGAGAGCAGAGUUGGAGAGACUUGCACUUUCUCUUUAGCUAUUUUUAUAGCCUAACUUUUAGGAGCGGGACGAUUUUCAGACAGAGAAAUAUGAUGAUCAAUAUUUAUUUCUAGGCAGUGAAGUAAACUAUAGCCUAAUCAUAUUCAGGAAGUACAUUUCCUUGGAAAGAUAACUGCCCCUUGCUUCUCCGCCCAUGCGUAGGCUAUAGCCUACUCUAUUUAAUUCAGACCACACGCGCACCUGAUCUCGCAGGUAGGCUACUGAACUGGAAGCAGCAAGAAUGACGACAGCGACACUUGCUACGUUUUGCAUAGUCCUAUAGGAUAUAUCUUACUGUUUAUGAGGAUGAUUUGCAGGCAGAGACAAAUAAAAGGGUAAUCAAUAUUUAUUGAAAAUGAAAAGGUGCAACGCUCGCUCACCAUAGUAGCCUAACCAAUGUGCGCGUUGUGCCUUUUCCUUUUCAAUGAUGAUUCAAUUUUUUGAUUGCACUUCGACUCAUGUUGGUUGAGCGCCCUCGACUUCUUUCCAUUAUUAAUAUUUAUUUGGAGACACUGUAGUAAACUAGUCUAAUAUUUAACCAUUAUUAAUAUUUAUUUGGAGACACUAGUAAACUACAGUCUAAUCAUAUUUAAGUUAAUUUCAUAUUAAUGUUAUCCCCCUAAUGGGAUAAUAAAGUUGAUCUGAAUUUGAAUUUGAAUCUGUCUAACAUGGGGCUUGUGUGAAAGCUGACAAUGCAAUGUAGGGACUUAACACUUAUGACUAACAUUGACCAAUGGAGGGUUGUAAAUUAGUCUUUGGUCUGUAAAUAAGUAUUUGGUUCCACUAUAGUCAUUCAGUUACAUUCCUUCAGGUCAUAUCUUUAGGCCAAAACGUGUGCCAGUCGAAACAUGUUUCUACUAAUAACUCACAAAUGUAAUAUAUUUUUAAAUCUUGCUUCCUCCUCCCUCUUUCCGUUAGGACCCAAAAAGCCCUCGGCCCCUGAUAUGUUUACAGAAUCGGACGACAUGUUUGAAGCAGCCAUUGAUGUAAGUCUUACAGGAGCCUCAUUCCCCUCCACUGAUCUCCAGCCAUGUUUAUAUCUCUGAUCGUUAGAGUGCUACUCUGGAUCAGACAUGCAUGCCCGUCUUUAUCUUCUGAAUGAUCUGUCUGUGGCAGUAGUUCAUUAUGUGAGUGUGGUUGAAUGUUUGGUCAUGUUGCGGUUGAACCGCUGGUCGUCUAUCCUGUACAGAGUGCCAGGAUGAGAGCAGCGGGUGUUGGGGGGAAGGACUUCAAAGACAACCCCAACCUCCGGGACAACUGGACCGACGCAGAGGGUUACUACCGUAAGUGCCCUUGACUGUACAAAUGUUCAUGUCAUUCACUAAUUCAUCAAUGAAAGGCUGCUGAGCAUUUUUCUCUAUAAGUCAGCCCUGUUUGGAGCCAGUCCAUAUAGUCUUACAGUAUUCCAACCUCUGCUGUGUAUGAGUGCGGUCCUUUGAUUUCACUAUCAUUCAAUAAAGUGUUAUUUUAGGCCUGGAAACUGGAUAUCUCAUUGAGAAAUGUCCAACACUUUAUAAACAUGCCCCUCAUCUCUUCCCUCUGUGUCCCACCCGUGUGUUAGGUGUGAACAUCGGGGAGACGCUGGACAAGCGCUACGACGUGUACGGCUACACAGGCCAGGGAAUGUUUAGCAACGUGAUCAGGGGCAGGGACACGGCCCGCGCCGGACAGGAUGUGGCUGUCAAGAUCAUCCGCAACAACGAGCUCAUGUAGGUCCUCAGGCCUCAGGAAGGCAAGCCUCAGGACUCAAAUGACACCCCAUUCCCUAUAUAGUGUACUACUUUUGACCAGCACGCUUGACCAGGGCCCAUAGCGCUCUAGGCAAAAGUAGUGCACUAUAUAGGGAAUAGGGUGCCAUUUGGGUUUUACUUAUUGUUAUGGGAGCAUAUUGCCUUCACCACCCAUACAUUUGAAUGUGCACUCUCAUUAGAAGUAUUCCAUCUAUGUCUAUGUGAAUCGUCCAGGGUUCCCUUGGAAGAUGGGAAUUUAUCUGAUUUAUUUAUAAAAAUAAAUAAAAAACAAUCGAUGCUGAUUUUGUUUUGGGUCUCCAGGCAGAAGACUGGCCUAAAGGAGCUAGAGUUCCUCAAGAGGCUCAACGACGCCGACCCCGACGACAAGUUCCACUGCCUGCGCCUCUUCAGACACUUCUACCACAAGCAGCACCUGUGUCUGGUGUUUGAGCCCCUCAGGUACUGACUGGGAGACUACCACUACUGCACUGUCACCGCACUAUGGCUACGUCUUAAAUGGCAACCUAUUAUAGUGCACUUCUGGUCAAAAUUAAUGCAAUUGAAAGGGAAUAGGGUGCCAUUUCAGACGCACCCAAUGUCCUUAGUGGCAUUGUACACUGCGACGUAUUUGUCAUCUAGCACACAGCUUCACUGGCUCUAACUCAUGUCUUUCUGUGUCAUUUACUGUUCCCAGUAUGAACUUGCGCGAGGUGCUGAAGAAGUACGGUAAGGACGUGGGCCUCCACAUCAAGGCUGUCCGCUCCUACACCCAGCAGCUCUUCCUGGCCCUAAAGCUCCUCAAACGCUGCAGCAUCCUCCACGCUGACAUUAAGCCUGACAACAUCUUGGUACGAGGCCCAUACUAUCAUUAUGUUAGGGAUGUGACAAAUGGAAAAUGUUGCUUAACGUUUAAACUGCAAUUUCUUUAACUGUUUUCAGUAAAACAAAUAUCCUGGGUUUUUCUUUAUUUUUACUAUUUUCUACAUUGUAGAAUAAUAGUGAAGACAUCACAACUAUGAAAUAGCACAUAUGGAAUCAUGUAGUAACCAAAAAAGUGUUAAACAAAUGAGGUUCUUCAAAGUAGCCACCCUUUCCCUUGAUGACAGCUUUGCACACUCUUGGCAUUCUCUCAACCAGCUUCAUGAGGUAGUCACCUGGAAUGCAUUUCAAUUAACAGGUGUGCCUUGUUAAAAAGUUAAUUUGUGUAAUUAAUUUCCUUCUUAAUGCGUUUGAGACAAUCAGUUGUGUUGUGACAAGGUAGGGGUGGUAUACAGAAGAUAGCCCUAUUUGGUAAAAGACCAAGUCCAUAUUAUGGCAAGAACAGCUCAAAUAAGCAAAGAGAAACGACAGUCCAUCAUUACUUAAGACAUGAAGGUCAAUCCGGAAAAUUUCAAGAACUUUGAACGUUUCUUCAAGUGCAGUCGCAAAAACCAUCAAGCGCUAUGAUGAAACUGGCUCUCAUGAGGACCGCCACAGGAAAGGAAGACCCAGAGUUACCUCUGCUGCAGAGGUAACUGGUGCACCUCAGAUUGCUGCCCAAAUAAAUGCUUCACAGAGUUCAAGUAACAGACACAUCUCAACAUCAACUGUUCAGAGGAGACUGCGUGAAUCAGGCCUUCAUGGUUGAAUUGCUGCAAAGACACCACUACUAAAGGACACCAAUAAGAAGAAGAGACUUGCUUGGGCCAAGAAACAUGAGCAAUGGACAUUAGACCGGUGGAAAUCUGUCCUUUGGUCUGAUGAGUCCAAAUUUGAGAUUUUUGGUUCCAACCGCUGUGUCUUUGUGAGACGCAGAGUAGGUGAACGGAUGAUCUCUGCAUGUGGUUCCCACCGUGAAGCAUGGAGGAGGAGGUGUGAUGGUGUGGGGGUGCUUUGCUGGUGACACUGUCAGUGAUUAAUCUUGACCUGUCUGCAUGCAGACCACUCUCUCCUAUAAAAGUACUUUAAAGUUUGUUAAAUACCGUGACUUACCAAGACAUUUAGUCAAAAGAAAACGCAUCUUUCGCAAGGAACCGACUCCUAAGAUUCAGUAUUUUUGGAACGGAGGAGACUUAUUAAUUGCCGUACUUCCGAGAACACAAACACUUGCAAGUUUCAUAGCGAGGGACAAAGAGAGAGGGGAGGGGCACGGUAUAGGCAGGUCGGCCACCAGGCAGACAGUCGGAACCGUGCACUAGGCCUAUCUAUUAAAUCAAAAGCUGUAUCUCGCAAUGGAAUGCAGUUUUUUUGCAAUUUCUUGGCUUGCAAUGUCUCGCAAAUUCAGUAAAGCAGUGCCUAUCAUCAAUGAAUAGGCUAGGAUAUUCUACACCCAACAGACUCUCGCAUCAAUAGCGAAGAGAAAGAGCAGGCUAGCCAGCUGCACUGUGAUUAACAUUUUCUGGGGGGUAAAAAACAAAAACAUUCCGUUAGGGAUUCUUCUUAAUGUUAAGGAUUCCAAUUUUGUUAAUAAACGUUCACACCCCUACGUUUAUAUAUAUCAUCACAUGACUGUUAACCACUGCACUGAGGCUGGGUCGUGUUCAUAAGGCACCAAAUGGAAGAAAGCAGACUGAAACAGGGAGGGACUGCCUGGAUUCGUCCAGUAAGAAUCACUUGUUUUUUCGCUUUCUAUAGAGUCUUUUUUUUGUUUGCGUUUUGCGACACUGCCCUGGUCUGAUAGUGUCUGUUUCUCUGUCUCUCCCCACAAGGUGAAUGAGUCAAAGACCAUCCUGAAACUCUGCGAUUUUGGCUCCGCGUCCCACGUGGCGGACAACGACAUCACGCCAUACCUCGUCAGCAGAUUCUACAGAGCUCCCGAAAUCAGUAAGUUUUAUUUUUAGAUUGUUUGUUGACUAUAAAGAUUUUUCUGUAAUAAUCAGGGAUGUUGUAAACUUGUCACUUUUCAGCAAUAUUCGCCGUUUCGAUCUCAAAAUAGAUCAUCCACAUGAAUUGUGUAGAUCUGUCUGAUGAAAAGUGCGCAGAGUGUAUCACCCAUUGAGCUAUAAAAGAGGCGUGAACAGAUUUUCUUGACUUCUUCUCCCUGCGUAGCUCCCGCUCCAGGCAUAAGCGGUCGCAUAGGGCCCCAGGCUGCUAGGGGGCCCCCAACCCAACACAACACAUUAUUUUUAUUUUUUUUAGGAAAGUCAGGUUCUCAACUUAAUGUUGAGAGUUAGAAUAGUAGAAUACACAAGGUGCAAGUUCGAAAUUUGGUUGUUUAUCAGCAAUUUUUCUCGUUUUGUCAGUCACUGACAGACACUCAAUUAGCCAUUUAAGCUAACCAUUUUUAGAUCGGUAAAUUAAAGGGCACGUGCUCAGGGGACCUUCAGGAGGCCCCCAUUGAUUUUGUUAGUUACUCUCACUCAGAUAUCAUUAACAUGGCAUAAGUCUUGGCAAAAUGGGUAGAAUUGCAUGAAAUUAGCUGUAAAACUGCACUUUUUUUUCUCUCUGCCCCAUGUCAAAAAAGAAGAAAAACUCUUGAAUGAGUAGGUGUGUCCAAACUUUUGACUGGUAGUGUAUGUUUCUUAUAUCGAAAUUAAUUACUGAGCACAGAAUGCAUCCCUACACGUCCUACAAAUAGAAAAUCAGAUACAGUAUGUCAAUGAGUGCUUCAUCCAAUAUCACGUGUGACAGCUGUGAGGCUACUCAACUUUUGGGAGCUGUGUGUGUGUGUGAGGAGAGUGACAGAGUGGUGUGUGUGAGGGAGAGUGGUGUGUGUGAGGGAGAGUGGUGUGUGUGUGAGGGAGAGUGGUGUGUGUGUGAGGGAUAGUGGUGUGUGUGUGAGGGAGAGUGGUGUGUGUGAGGGAGAGUGGUGUGUGUGAGGGAGAGUGGUGUGUGUGAGGGAGAGUGGUGUGUGUGAGGGAGAGUGGUGUGUGUGAGGGAGAGUGGUGUGUGUGAGGGAGAGUGGUGUGUGUGUGUGUGUGAGGGAGAGUGGUGUGUGUGUGUGUGUGAGGGAGAGUGGUGUGUGUGUGAGGGAGAGUGGUGUGUAUGUGAGGGAGAGUGGUGUGUGUGUGAGGGAGAGUGGUGUGUGUGUGUGAGGGAGAGUGGUGUGUGUGUGUGAGGGAGAGUGGUGUGUGUGUGAGGGAGAGUGGUGUGUGUGAGGGAGAGUGGUGUGUGUGUGUGAGGGAGAGUGGUGUGUGUGUGAGGGAGAGUGGGGGGGGGGGGGGUGUAGGCUAUUUGUGUAAAGUUGUCUGAAGAGUAGGGUGAAGAUGGUUUCAAAUAGGCCUAGUGUGUUUUUCCCUUACUGAUCAUUAUGCAUUUAUAUUCCUUACUACAUCCCUCCUGCCCAAUCACAGGAAGGCCUUUGGAUAUGAGCAAAUCAGCCAUUUUCUGAAGUAGCCUAUUGUAUUAUACAGUAUGAAGUUAAAUUCAAUGUGUUGUAUUGAGUAGAGGUGUGAAUAUCAGGGACAGGUUUUUGUGCAGCACAGGUGCAGAACGUAUAGAAAACGGGAACAGGCGUCCUGGGGGUGGCAGGCAAACUCCGUGGUAUCAACAUCAUUAGUGAAAUGUUGGUAUUGUGAUAACCCCACACUGAAAAUAGGGACAUUUUGUUGCAGUCCACAGAUUAUUUUGCGUGUUUCCUUGCAGAUUUUUUUUCUCACCUUUUUGGGCCCUCACCAGUUUGCAUCCCUGAAUAAUGGUCUCACAUUCUUGGAUCACAUUCAUUAUGAUUUCUCUCUGUCACAGUCAUUGGGAAGCCGUACGACUACAGCAUAGACAUGUGGUCGGUGGGCUGCACGCUAUACGAACUCUACACAGGCAAGAUCCUGUUCCCCGGCUCCUCCAACAACCACAUGAUCAAACUGGCCAUGGACCUCAAGGGCAAGAUGCCCAACAAGGUAAACUGUCCACAUUACUGGACCUGGCCUCAACCUUUUUCUCAAAGUUAUAACCUGGGGCAUUGUACACUGGGCUGUAAGGUACAGAUGAUGUUUCUUCUUUUGUUCUCAGAUGAUCCGGAAAGGUCUGUUCAAAGACCAGCACUUUGAUCAUAACCUCAACUUCCUCUACAUUGAAGUAGAUAAAGUGACUGAAAGGGUUUGUAUAUGUUCUACUUUUCACCUGCUACAUUUUCAGGAAACAAUCUAAGAAAGAGGACAAAACAGUUUCCCUGAUUCUAUCGAUCUUCAGUCUGUGGUUCAAGCAUAAAUAACUUGCUAGGUUUGCUGGGCUAAUCAUGAAGGCUCAUUCAGAUGGUUAAUGGGUUUUGAAUAGUUACACUGUCUCACACCCCCUCCAUUCCACCCCUCCAUCCACCCAUCACCAUCCCGUCCACAGGAGAAGGUGACAGUGAUGAGCACCAUCAACCCCACCAAGGACCUGCUGUGUGACAUGGUGGGCGGCCAGCGGCUGCCCGAGGAGCAGAGGAAGAAGGUCCUGGUCCUCAAAGACCUGAUCGACAGCACGCUGAUGCUGGACCCGGCCAAACGCAUCAGCAUCAACCAGGCCCUGCAGCACCCCUUCAUCCAGGAGAAGAUCUGACCUCAGACUAGCUCACACUAUACCAGUUGCCUGGUUCCAGAUCCAUUUGUGCUGUCUCGCCAGCUAUGGUCAUUGCAUGACAACAACCAUAGUUGGCAAAACAGCACAAACAGAUCUGGGACCAGGCUACUAUACCACCACCACCACCCAGAGCAGCGAUGUCAGGUUGAAUACUGCAGUAUGGCAGCCAAAAAGACAAGACCAGACUCCCCAUUGAGAAUGUUAUGGAUUUAUAUUUUUCCUUCCCCCGAUUUUGAUUAUGAUGGGUACUAUAACCUGGUAUCUAGUUUUAUUGUAAAUAGGUCAUGGAAAAUUGACAUUCUGAAAAAAAACUAUACUUUUGUGAUUUAUCAUUGUAAAACUCCCACCCCGCCCGGGCGGUGAUGCAGCGGCUAUGGACUUUUUCUAUUUAACUGGCAUUGAAAUGACAGACAUUGAAAGAAUAUAAUUCCUGUAAAUAUGUCUAUUGCGUUGUUGGAAGAAUCAAGAGUGUUGGUCGGUUUGAAAUGUGUGUUGUGUACUAGUCGCAUCAAGAAGAUGAUAUAUAAUAGCACGUCUUCUGCAGUUCAUUUUUUAUGAUUACCAACAUUGCUCAGUCUGCGGUGAUGCAUGCUUUUGAAUGUGCACUCUUUCGUUGUGCCCUAGACAUGUGUAGCGCGGGCCUGUGUAAUGUAAAUGCUCUCUGUGUGCAGCAGCAUUUAUGUCCCAUAUGUAAUGGCAGAUGGCAGCACAAGCCCCAUUUCACAGGUCCCAGGCCCGUGAUUAAGGAAUGGACUCAACAGUAGUACUGUACUCCCCUCUGAACAAUAUAAAUGUUCCAUUUCAAGCACAGCCCCGAUUGGCUCCAAUGAUUUCAUAACUUCUCUUUAUUUCUCUAUUUUUCUCUCUCUCUGACACGGUCCUGGCUAUAGGCUCUCAGUUUUAAGUGCCUCGUAUAUGAGACUUGUGUGUAGAACACAGAACAAUGCCAGCUUGUGGAAGCCACCACCCUCCCUCAUUGUUCUCCUCCUAUGUUGUAUACAGUCACCGGCCAGUUUAUUAUGUACACCAAUCUAGUACCGGGUUGGACCUCCCUUUUCCUCCAGAACAGCCUGAAUUCUUCGGGGCAUGGAUUCUACAAGUCGGAAACGUUCCACAGGGAUGUUGGUCCAUGCUGACGCAAUGGCAUCACGCAGUUGCUGCAGAUUGGACAGCGGUACACGACCGCCACCAGCCUGUACCGUUGACACCAGGCAGGAUGGGUCCUACUGCUUAGGCCUAAUCCUGACUCUGCCAUCAGCAUGAUGCAACAGGAUUCGUCGGAUCAGGCAAUAUUUUUCCACUUCUCAAUUGUCCAGUGUUGGUGAUCACAUGCCCACUGGAGCCACUUCUUCUUUUUAGCUGAUAGGAGUAGAACCCGGUGUGCUCGUCUGCCGCAAUAGCCCAACCGUGAAUAGGAUCGACGAGUCUGUUUGUGGCCAGCCUGUUGGCUUGCACGAUUAUUGCCAUUCUCCUUCGACCUCUCAUCAACGAGCUGUUUUCGCCCAAAGGACUGCCGCUGACUGGAUAUGUUUUGUUUGUCGCACCAUUCUUGGGGAAACCCUAGACACUGUUGUGCGUGAAAAGCCCAAGAGUCAGCCGUUUCUGAGAUACUGGAUCUGGUGUGCCUGGCACCGAUUAUCAUACCACAUUCAGUCGCUUAGGUCACUCGUUUUGCCCAUUCUAACGUUCAUUCGAACAGUAACUGAAUGCUUUGAUGCCUGUCUGCCUGCUUUAUAUACAGUGCAUUCGGAAAGUAUUCAGACCUCUACUUUUUCCACAUGUUGUGGAUUGAAUUGUUUUUUCCCCUCAUCAAUCUACACACAAUACCCCAUAAUGACAAAGCAAAAACAGGUUUGUAGAAAUGUUGCAAAUUUAUAAAAAUAUAAAAAACUGAUCACAAUUACUUAAAUAUUCAGACCCUUUACUCAGUACUUUGUUGAAGCACCUUUGGCAGCGAUUACAGCCUCGAGUCUUCUUGGGUAUGACGCUACAAGCUUGGCACACCUGUAUUUGGGGAGUUUCUCCCAUUCUUCUCUGCAGAUCAUCUCAAGCGCUGUCAGGUUGGAUGGGGAGCAUUGCUGCACAGCUAUUUUCAGGUCUCUCCAGAGAUGUUUGAUCGGGUUCAAGUACGGGCUCUGGCUGGGCCAAUCAAGGACAUUGAGACUUGUCCCGAAGCCAUUCCUGCAUUGUCUUGGCUGUGUGCAGGUUUUAAUCAAGGAUCUCUCUGUACUUUGCUCCGUUCAUCUUUCCCUCAAUCCUGACUAGUCUCCCAGUACCUGCCGCUGAAAAACAUCCCCACAGCAUGAUGCUGCAACAACCAUGCUUCACCGUAAGGAUGGUGCCAUGUUUCCUCCAGAAAUUACGCUUGGCAUUCGGGCCAAAGAGUUGAAUCUUUGUUUCAUCAGACCAGAGAAUCUUGUUUCUCAUGGUCUGAGAGUCCUUUAGGUGCCUUUUGGUAAACUCCCAAGCGGGCUGUGAUGUGACUUUUACUGAGGAGUGGCUUCCGUCUGGCCACUCUACCAUAAAGGCCUGAUUGGUGGAGUGCUGCAGAGAUGGUUGUCCUUCUGGAAGGCUCUCCCAUCUCCACAGAGGAACUCUGGAGCUCUGUCAGAGUGACCAUCGGGUUUGGUCACCUCCCUGACCAAGGCCCUUCUCCCCCGAUUGCUCAGUUUGGCCGGGCCGCCAGCUCUAGGAAGAGUCUAGGUGGUUCCAAACUUCUUCCAUUUAAGAAUGAUGGAGGCCACUGUGUUCUUGGGGACCUUCAAUGCUGCAGACAUUUUUUGGUACCUUUCCCCAGAUCUGUGUCUCAACACAAUCCUGUCUCAAUUCCUUCGACCUCAUGGCUUGGUUUUUGCUCUGGCGUGCACUGUCAACCGUGGGACCUUAUAUAUACAGGUGUGUGCCUUUCCAAAUCAUGUCCAAUCAAUUUUAUUUACCAAAGGUGGACUCCAAUCAAGUUGUAGAAACAUCACAAGGAUGAUCAAAGGAAACAGGAUGCAGCUGAGCUCAAUUUCGAGUCUCAUAGCAAAGGGUCUAAAUACUUAUGUAAAUAAGGUAUUUAUGUGUUUUGUUUUUAAUACAUUUGCAAAAAAAUCUAAAAACCUGUUUUUGCUUUUUCAUUAUGGGGUAUUGUGUGUAGCUUGAUGAGGAACAUUUUUUAUUUAAUAUAUUUUAGAGUAAGGCUGGAACGUAAAAAAAAUGUGGAAAAGGGGAAGGGGUCUGAAUACUUUCCGAAUGCACUGUAGCAAGCCACAGCCACAUGACUCACUGUCUGUAGGAGCGAUACAUUUUUGUGAACUAAACUGGCCGGUGAGUGUAUAUUCCAUUGUUACCAUCGUCUUUCUUCAUGUUUGAUUUGUUUGUUUUUUCACUGAGGGAAAAAAUAUUGUGAUUUAAGCAAAUAAUUGAGUUGUGAAAUUCAGCUGAUGUGAAAAGAGCACCUUCAGUGUACCACAACUUUUAGUAAUAAAAUAUUUCAUAUUCAAUAUUGUUUUGGCUCUCCUCUUUUCUCAAGUACAAUACAAAUGUACAGCACAGUGUAUUUGCCUCAAUUGAGCAAUGAGUUGUAAUUAUUGAUGUUUGGGGUGGCAAACGGAUAACUGGAUAGAGGGCAUCCUUGUCUUCAGUGUAUUUUCUAUGUAAGACUGGUUGACUUCCUCUUUAGGUUUGGAUGCUGACUGAGGAAGAGGAGACU